GGUUCCGUUGAGUCAUGUGGCACUACUGGACGAUAAUCGCGUUGACUUGCUCUUCGCUGGUGGCGAAAGCGCAGUACAAACUCGAUCACAACUGCGCGGUUAAUCGGCAGAUCGCGCUGAACAAGGCUGCCCUCCCGGUGCCUGACGCAGGAAUCCAGUUCGUUCCUGAUUGCAGCCCGAGCGGAAUCGAUUACUAUCCCCUGCAGUGUCUCGCAUGGGAUUUCUGCGCUUGCAGUUCCGCCGAAGGGCGUAUGCUCACCAACUGGACGCGAGGACUAAAAGGCUGUGACUGUCUCGUAGCUCAAGACAAGGCUAGACAAGUCGGCAGCUUUGUACCGCAAUGCGACUCAGUGGAUCGCUUCACGGAGCUGCAAUGCAAUGAGCAGAAUGGGCGAUGCUGGCGAGUCGACCCGCAGACUGGAUUGGUCAUUCGACAGAAGAAACGCUUUCCCACGCACCAUGGUCUCCCCCCGCCCCCAGCUGCUGCUCCGAAACCUCAUGAUCUCGCAGACUUGCUCAGGAAACGCGAGAUCGCCAACCACAAUCGAAUCGAGCCUCUCAGAGUCGAACCGGUCAGGGUUGCGCCCGCAAGAGUCGAGCCUGCCAGGGUCGAACCAGCCAGAAUAGAGACUGGAAAAGUCGAACCUGUCAGAUUCGAGCCGGCCGGCGUCGAACCUGCCAGGUCGGAAAUUGUCAGAAUCGAACCCCCGAGAGUCGAAUCGGUCAGACACGAGCCCGUCAAGGUGGAACCUGUCAGGAUCGAAGCAGGCGGGCUGGAGCCUGGAAGAUCGGAGUUCGCGCGUCCGGAACUCGUCCGGAACGAGCCAAAUGAAGGCCAAAGGGAGACGAUGUCACCAAUUGAGAUGUACAGGCCCUCAGUGCACGUGAUCCUGUCGAAUGGGACUGUGGUGGGAACGGCGAUCCCGGUGAAUGGAACCCUCGUGAUCCUCAGGGAAGGAGAUCUGGAAAAAUUCGUGGAUUCCCGAGCUGGAAAGUGCGUUUCUCCACGGGAUAUCGAACAAUCGUCGUUGCGUGUGCCCCAAGAGCUCAAUGUUGUGGCCACGGAGAGACUCAACGAGGCCAUUGGAGACUUCAGUAUCCGACUUCUGAAGAAAAAUUUGGGAUACGACGCCAACGUCAACUCGAUAUUUUCGGCAUCCAGCAUCUCAUCUGCGCUGGGCAUGUGCCUCCUCGGAGCUCAAGGUGAAACCCAGAAGCAACCCCUGGGUUUCGAUGAGAUUUCCGUUGAAGACAUCAAAAGAGGCUACGAGCAGAGCUCGAGUUCGAUAUCGGUCAAGACCGGCGCGGAAUCCAGGGACGGGUACAUUAUAUCGCAAGCGAAUCGCGAACAAGUCGCAGCCUCCAAGCGGGGACUUCCUAGUGAAAGACAUCUGAAGUGGAAGACAUCUUCGACUCUCGAUGGAUUCCGAGGGGUCUGGCAAAAACAAAUGAAGAAGGUGAACCUUUCCCCCUUAUUUCGGAGGUCCAGCCAGGAUCUCGAGUCGGAACCGGUAGAGCUCACCAUGCCACAGUUUCGGGUCGAAACUGUUUUCGAUCUCGGCUCGACGCUCGCGGGUCUCUGUAUGCCUCUCGCGUUUGCGACCGAUGCGGGAUUCGGCAAUAUCCACAGUGAUCAAGUCCAGGGAAGAGGUGUGCGAAUUUCAAAGAUUGUCCACAAAGCCACGAUAACUAUCGACGAGAAGGGAACCGAUUCAGCGGCAGCGACUGCCGCCGCUGUUAGAUUGAUUAGCGCCGCGAAUGCGCCGUCGAAGACGAUAAUAAUCGAUCGACCCUCCUUGUGCCUCAUCGUUCCGGAAGAGAACAGGAGCAGACUUCCCUUAUAUACGUCAAUCGUUCGAGAACUGCGAAUGCGUCCAGGAACAAUGAAAGAUGUUGGGCUCCAACUCCUCGUUAAUCAUCGGAAAUACCCGCGAUUCCGACUAUCUCAAUACCUACUAUGCUGA